AUGUCUCAAGAUAGAUUUUGUUUAUUACAAAGACUGUUACAUUUUAGUGAUAACCGAAACCCAUGUCCUGGCAAUAGACUAGUAAAGAUUGGAACAGUUGUGGAAACUCUAAAAAAAAAAAUUAAGUCAAUAUUUAUACCACAUCAAAAUCUUUGUAUAGAUGAAAGUAUUGUAGAAUGGAAAGGUCGCCUAACAUUUAAACAAUAUAUACCAUCAAAGAGACACCGGUUUGGAAUAAAACUAUUUGUUUUAUGUGAUUGUAAGUCAGGUUUUGUCCUAGACUUUUUAGUUUAUACUGGAGAUAACCAACAUAUUGAUUUUAAUGAAUCUCUAUCACAAUCUAGUUCAGUUAUUUCAACAUUAAUGAGCCCAUAUAUUAAUAAAGGUCACAUAUUAUACAUUGAUAACUGGUAUUCAUCUCCAACACUGUAUGAAUAUUUACUUGAACAUAAAACCGGGGCUUGUGAUACUGUAAAGGAAAGAAAAAAAGGGAUGCCAGUUUUCCCAAAAAAAAUUGUCAAAAGUGCAAGAAAAACUAUUAAGUGGUACAAGAAGUUUUUUUUUCAUUUAUUAGACCUUUCGGUAUUGAAUUCUGGCAUUGGAUAUAACUCUAUUUUAGGAAAAAAAUUAAAGUUACCAGAAUUUAGAUUAAAUGUGAUAAAACAAAUGAUUCAAGUACACUCAAACACUGAUAUUUUAGUGUCAUCUGGACGUAGAGGUCGAAAAAUAAAAGGAGAUCACUCUUUACGACUAACUUCCGGUCAUUUCCCUUCCAAAAUAAAGACUGAUAAAGAUGGUAAAAAAAGUUGUCAAAAGAGAUGUCAUGUGCAUAUGUUAACAAAUUUGAAACCUCGCAUAAGGAAAGAUACUUCAUAUGAAUGCGUUGACUGCAAUACACCGCUAUGUUUGGAACCCUGUUUUAAAGAAUAUCACAAUAGAUUAGUAUAUUAA